AUGGAAUGGCUUCCGGGACCUCUUCAAGAAGAAGAAGAAGAAGAAGGAGAAGAAGAAGAAGAAGAAGCGGCAGCAGCAGCAGCAGCAGCAGCAGCCCGUGCUGGAUGCGCUGCGUUCGACCGUGGACGGCGUCGUCGGAGUCGUCACCGAGUCGCGCACCGUUGGCGGCCUCUUCGCCACCUUUCACGCCAUCCGCAUGGUGGAGGAGUUCGAGCGGCGGAAGCAGGCUGGCCGGGCGGAUGCGGAUGCGGCACUGCAACCACUUGA